AACACUCGUAACUCGUAAGUUCGAAAUACAUUAUUUUGGGCUAUGUUCGCAAGUCUAAAACCCUAGCGCUCUAAUAACGAUAAACCCUUUCUUCCCUCUCAAAUCCCCACGCACAAUCAUAAAUUGGCACUGAACCACCACCACCACCACCACCAAUGGCUGGUUCAUCACUUAAAUCGAAGAAAAAGAGAGAGCAUCACCAACAACAAUCCAUUCUUGAAGAUAAUCCAAACCCUCAAAAGAAGCUCCGUAACAGUAGUGACCCACAAGAAACAGAGCAAGCUGAUUACACAACUGAAGCAGCACAUCCAUGGAGAAAUCUCCAGCUGAUUCUAUCUCUUCAAACCAAAGAAAUUGACCUUCAAAAGAAGGUUGAAUUAGCUUAUAAUUAUGUGAAUUUGAAUUCGAGGGCGAAAGGAGAAGAUAAUGACAUUGAAGAAAAAGAAGAGGAUUGUGAAACAGUGAAUUUAGCUAGACUAGUGGUUUUCCUUAAUGAUUGGGUUCAGUCGUUAUUGAUUUCAAGGGAUAAGAAGAUCACGAGUGAGUCUGGAGUUGUUAUUGAGGCUUGUUUAGAUUAUAGAUGUUGGGUUGUUUUUAAGUUCUGUUUAGAGCAAUCUUUGAGGUUUCGAGUAUCCUUGUCGCUCUCACGGAACCUUUUGCGUGCCUUCUCUUGUGUGUCAAGAAAUGCUUUGUUGUUAGUGACGGAGACAAAUUUGGAUUGUAAAGGUUUGAUUUUCGAGGGUGAUAGGUUUGAGUUGUAUACUAUUGUAGUGGAUUGUGUUUCUUUGGUGUUCUUGUCUCAUGGUGGCUUGACAAAUCAGAAUUUGGAGUUAUGGAUUUCAACCGCACGGGAUGUCAUUGAGCUUGUUCUUAAAAUUUAUGAUAGGAAUCUGGAGGAUGGAAAUGUGGGUUUUUUUGCCUUGAGGUUUUGUUGUCUGGUGCUCGAGCCAUUUGGCAAGUUUUUAAAGGUCCAUCCUGCUCGGAAAAAUGGGUUUCGGGAUUUCGUGGAUGAACUUCUUGGACCACUAUUACAUUUGUUAGGUGCGUUGCGUCUUCGUUUUGAUGGAAGCAAUCCUUCUUGGGUGGGGAAGUUAUUGCCCAUAGCAGGAGAGGUUUUAGCACAGGGACUAUUUCAUUCAGUUCACAUUGAUGGAUUUCUAAGCUUACACAGUACAGAAAAUUAUUAUGUAUCGGAUGAUGGAAGAGUGAAAAGCUCUAAAUCAGUUAAUAAAAGUUACCAUAGACAUUUUUUUGAUAAACUGGAAACAAUUAUGGCCUCAAAGAAAGAGACUGAAUUGAGCGGCUUAGGAGAACUAUUUCAAUUGCUUGUCGAUGGAGCAAAAAAGCAAAAACUAGCAUCACUGUUGUCUGAAGAGACAAAAAUGGCAGAGAAACAUGAUGGGUCAAUGCAUUUAUCUGCUCAUGGUCCUAACUUAAGUAGUAAGGCAUCGCCAGAAGAUAGUUAUGUCUCUAGUAAAUUGACUUCAGAAAAAAGAAAAUCACUGUUUGAUUUUUUUGUACAGAUUCUGGAACCACUUUUUAUUGAGAUGAAAAGCUAUCUUCAACGUAAAUUGGAAAUAGGCUCUCUGUUGUUGGAUGUUCAUUGUACACUCAAAUCAAUUAAUUAUUUAUUAGCCAGCUUCUCUCGUGAAAAUUUAUACAUAAAAACAGAGGAUAUCACUGAAGGAGCUUUCCUUAAUUUCUUGAAGGAGGUUUAUGGUACCAUUUUCUCAUUUUCCACCAAUUUGCUUAGUCUGAUGAUAAAUGAUGCAGAUUGCAUGACACAAGAGACGUUAGUUUUGUUAGCAAAAGAGCUAAUUGUUGCUUUACGGUACCUUGUGGAUAUUGAAUAUGAAGUUAUUGAGAAUGAUUUGACACACUUAUGGCUUAUGGUGUUUUCGUACUUGGCUUUUGGUCAUUUUCUUAAAGAUGCACCAAAUCAGUGCUUGUUAAUUUCUCAGAUACUGGAAUUUGGGUGCCAGCUAAUUAAGCUUCAUAGUGAACUGCGGCAGGUGGAAAGUUCCAUAUUUGCACUGUGUAAAGCAAUGAGGCUUGUAGUAGUACAUGAGAAUGAUGGCAGCAGUGAACAGAAUUAUGGCUUUAUUUCUUUUUUUGGGUCCUGCAUAACUUCUUUACCUUAUGAUGUGUACGUAAAAGCUGCAGAAAUAAUGUUAUGUGCGCAAGAGUUUAAACUAGCCAUUAAAACUGGUAUUAAUUCUAUGCCCGAGGGGCAUGCUAAUGAGUGUAUUCGGCAAUUAAGCAAGGAUUUAUCAGAAUCCAUUGAAUGGAUAAGAAAUAGUAGUUUAGAGGCUGAUGCAAAGGAGCAUCAUGAAUCAACUACAAGAAGUUGUAGAAUGUACUGUUUUGAUCUGUGUAUGGAACUUUCCGGCAGAGGACUCUCUGAAAUAUAUGCAUUAGUGCUAGAUUCAUUGUCUGUCACUAUUGGGAAUAGCAGCGUCCUUGCGAAGUCUAUACAAGAUCUGAUGGCCAUAAUUUGUCCCCCCAUGAGUAUUCUGGUUAAGCUACAACCAGAUAGUGUCAAUGAGUUCCUUUCUUUCAUCACAGGAAAAACUUAUUGUGUGAGGCCUGAUGGUACCAAACAUGAUAUGUUGAACCUUGGAGCUUCCACCCACUGGGUCUUUGUAUUCUUUUUUCGCUUGUACCUGUCCUGCCGAAGUCUAUUUAGGCAAGCAAUCAUCCUUAUGCCUCCAAAUAUUUCAAAAAAAAUGUCAACUGUAAUGUGUGAUUCAUUUACUGCAUACUCUGGAAGUAAUGCCAUGGAGACAACUAGUUGGACUGAUAAUGGUUAUUUUUCUUGGAUUUUACACCCCUCAGCUUCUCUUCUUCUUGUUAUAAAAUCUGUCUCUGACAAUUGUCUGCAGGGUAGAAAUGCAGAUUUCUCUCCUUUGAUUUAUGUAUUGCAUAUCAUGGCUCUUCAGAGGCUAGUUGAUUUGAAUAGGCAGAUUAAAGCUUUGGAGUAUAUGCAGAAAAGCAUUGAAGGCAUCAUCCAGGUCAAGUUACUUGAUAAUGAUGGUUUGUCACAGCAUUGCAAAAGGAGCAGAAAAUGGGAAAGACACCUCUCUUGCCUGAAGGAGGAGGCAGAGGGCCUUGUGGAGUAUAUCUUGAGUCGUUUCUCAUUAUUGGAUGAUGAUUCUAUCUCAGUGCAGAAUACUGAUGCUGCAACCUGCCCGGCUAACUAUGGCCAAGCCCUGGAUGUAAGUGAUGAAUGGGAUUUAGGUGUUUGUUCUGUUAACAAGAAGUCUUUGCCUACUGCAAUCUGGUGGGUUGUUUGUCGAAACAUCGAUAUUUGGUCUCUUCAUGCUGGAAAGAAGAAGUUCAAGAUGUUCCUCUCUCACAUCAUCCAUACUGGUAUUUCCAUUAUGGCUAGAGGCUUCACAGCAGAGGAGAACAAUCAAGCUGGUGAAACUGGUUUCUUGAAUAAGAUAAGCGUGCAUCGAAUCUCAGCAGAACUUCUAACCAAUUCCAUUCUGUAUGAACAUAAGUUUGUUCGCAGGCAUUUGGCAUCAAGAUUUUGUCGCUUGCUGGAAAAGUCAGUCCUAUCACUAUUUAGUGAUUUUUCCAUUAUAGAUGUCAACUUACAUUCAUUACCUAAUUGGCAAGAGGUUUUAAGUGCAGCUGGAAGCUUGCCAGUGGCUGUUUCAGGAAGCAAACUUGCUGUUUGUGAUGAGCUGUUAGAGGGAAAAUCAGUUCCUCAUUUAUCAUGUGAAACGGCUUCAGAUAAUUCCAUUGAAUUAUCAAUAAAGAAAUUUGGAGCUUGUCAGAGGUUGCUUAGUUUUUUUUGUUGGUUGCCGAAAGGAUAUAUGAAUUCAAGAUCAUUUUCUGUCUAUGUGACCUAUCUACUCAACCUUGAAAGAUAUACAGUUAGCUGCUUAUCAGAAUGUCCAGAUGCAAUGUCUUCAUAUAACCGCUAUGAGCUCAUAAAAUUGUUUAUAUCAUGUCGGAGGGCCUUAAAAUAUGUAGUUAUGGCAUUUACUGAACAGAAGACGGUAACUACUCAUUCCUCGGUCAUUCCGGUUCUAUCUGAGGAUUUAUUUUCUAUUUUGUGGCUUUUCAAGUCAGUUUUCAUGGUUUUCGGGCUUCAAGAGACAUUCUCAAAAGAUCAUUCAUAUGAAACUAGAGAGAUGCUAAUCACAUUGAUGGAUCACACUUCCUAUGUCCUCCUGGCAUUGAGCAAGCAUGACUGUACUUGUGCUAUUCACUCCAUAAUUGCUAAAAAAUCUCAACUAGAGCAAACAAACUCUAAAAUUGCGCAGGAACCCAGUAUUCAAAACGGAUCCACUUCACUUUUGGAUAUCUUGGAAAAUGAUAAAGCGUGGAAAAGUAUUCUCUUUGUGGCUGAGAGUUUGAAGGAGCAGACACAGGACUUGCUUACUUCUUUAAAAGAUGCCCUUUGCAACGAGAAAGUACAAAAUCACGUUGAUCUUGUCGACUUAAACAAGUUGUCAUGUACAGUUUCUUGGAUCAGUGGGUUCUUAUGGGGCCUGGCAUCAUCCUUGCACUAUACAAAUGCAACAGAUGGUGAUAGGAAAUUAUUAAGAUUUAUUUUCGGUCGUAGCUCCCAAAUUGGUCGUUGCAUAAAUGUCUUCGCAGAUUGUAUUCAGUUUAUCUUACACAUGUUGUUUGUUGAUGAUGGUCAUCAACCUGGAAGUUCAUUUGAUGUUCAAAACGUUCAGUCAUUUGACCAAUGCGAUCAGUUACAUUCAGUGCAGAUCUCAAGUAAGCAGUCUCCUGAGGCUGGUGGUCCAGGCGGUUCAAUAAUUCGGAAAUCAAUAGCUCCAAAAAAGUGUUCAACUUUAUCAACUACUGAUGGUAGUUUGAAGUCGGCAGAAGUAGCUGUUACUGAUGUUCUGAGUAACUUCGAUACCUACAAAUGUGAUACGCUAAAUAUUUCUUUUUUGCAAAGUUUGCUGAAUGGUGAUAACCAUGAAGCUGCAAUAUUGAUCAGGCAACUUUUACUUGCUUCAUCAGCUCUUUUAAAGCUGAAUUUGCUGACCAGUUGUACUUCCUCACUGUCAAGUUUGGUGCCGAGUUUUAUUGGUAUAUCUCAUGUCAUGCUAUUGAAGUUAUCUGAUGUGUCAGAGAGGCCACAGCCAUUUUCUUUUGUAUGGUUAGAUGGUGUUCUGAAGUAUCUACAAGAACUAGCGAGUCAUUUUCCCUCAAAAAAAAUGUCUACAACCGCUGAAAAUGUGUAUGCUAGACUGAUAGAGCUGCACUUGAGUGCUUUAGGAAAAUGCAUUACUCUACAGGGAAAAGAAGCUAAACUGGCUUCUCUUGGUACAGAGUCAUAUUCUAAGAUGCCAAGCAGUAAUGAAGGAUCAUCUGACUCGUCUUUUUCUCAUAUGUCACUCUUCUUGGAUGAAUUAAAAGCUAGGUUAAGGAUGUCUUUCAAAGUGUUAAUUAGUAAGUCAACAGAGUUGCACAUGUUACCUGCAAUACAGACUAUUGGGAGAGCAUUGAUAGGAGUGCAAGAUGGCUAUAAAAUAAUCUAUGAAAUAAAUACUGGCAGUGCUGAUGGUGGAAAGGUUGCCUCAACUGUUGCAGCAGGUGUUGACUGCUUGGAUCUUGUUCUGGAAUGUAUUUCAGGUGGCCGACAAUCAACUGUAGUCAGAGAACAUGUUCAAAAAACUGUUGCUGCUUUGUUUAACAUAAUUAUACACUUGCAAAGCCCGUUAAUUUUCUAUAGUCAAUCAAAGGGCGUUAUUCAUAAUGAUCCAGAUCCUGGAGCAGUCAUUCUUAUGUGUGUUGAGGUGCUAACAAGAGUUUCUGGAAAACGUGGUCUUCAAAUAUCUUCCUGCCAUGUAGGACAGUUUUUACAUGUGCCUGCUGCACUUUUUCAAGAUUUUUGGCAACUACGACUUUCUAAAGGUCUUCCUUUAUCUGAUUUGUGUAACCAAGACUGUAAUUCUGAGGAGGGCAUGCAUUCUAGUGUUGUAGAUAUAAAUUUCUCUGUAGAAUUAUUUGCUGCAUGCUGCCAAUUAUUAUAUACGACAGUGAAGCAUCAGAAAAGGGAGUCGGAAAAGUGCAUUGCUGUGCUUCAAGAAUCUGCCAGUGUUCUUCUUCAUUGUUUGGAGACAAUAGAUAAUCACUCAAGAGUCAGAAAAGGUUACUUUUCAUGGGGUGUUCAAGAGGGAGUAAAAAGUGCAUGUGCUCUUCGGAGAAUUUAUGAAGAGUUAAGGCAGCAGAAAGAUGAUUUUGGUCAGCACUGUUUCAAGUUUUUAUCCGACUAUAUAUGGGUUUAUUCAGGAUAUGGUCCCCUUAAGACGGGCAUCAGAAGGGAAAUAGAUGAAGCUCUGAAACCUGGUGUGUAUGCUUUAAUAGAUACAUGCUCAGCUGAUAAUCUUCAAUAUCUUCAUUCAGUAUUUGGAGAGAGUCCUUGCAGGGAUACACUAGCAGUUUUGCAACAUGAUUACAAGCUAAAUUUCCAGUAUGAAGGGAAAGUCUGAUAUAGGAUUCUUCUUUUGGCAAAUCUGGCUACUAAUGCAACAUUUUCAAGUCACAUCUCUUCAAUCAUGCUGAGAAUGGCUAUAGUUAUGUGCCAUCGUCCAAACAGAAUCACCCAAUAAAGCUUGACAUUGUGAUUCUCCGAUUUCCGGGAAUGUGCCAGGAAUUGUUAAGCUUGACAUUGUGAUUCUCCGAUUUCCGGGAAUGUGCCAGGAAUUGUUAAGCUUGACAUUGUGAUUCUCCGAUUUUCGGAAAUGUGCCAGGAAUUGUUCAGUCCCCUUGCGUAACUUGGUAUUUAACAAAAUGCUGCAUACAAGUACACGACAGGUGUCUUAAUCCAAGAUAAUCAACAAAAUGCUGCAUCAGAGGGGCGACGGGUAAAACUUCUAAGCUAUUGUUAGUGUACAUUAUAACAGGAUUGAAGUUUCACCAAUUUUGUUUAAAUCGCAAUUUAUGCAGAGCCUGAUUCUUGAUUUAUUACCAUGACAAUCACCUUACUUUUUAUCAAGUCAAGCUGUGUAUAUAUGGAUAGGAUAAUUGGGUUUGUUCAAGUUGUUAGGUUGCAAA